AGACGUGAUACCAUUCCAGCAGGUGGUUACAACGUGUCUACCGUGUAUUGCACCAUGUGAUGCUAUGUUCUGUGAUAAGUCCUGUGUUGAACCAAUGAAGAUGUACACUGUUGUUUGGGAUGACCUUAAUUUAGAUGAUAAACAAUAUUUCAACACCACCCUAAACGAAACUGGAACUGUUGCCGCUACAUACUUUGUACACGUGAAAGCCUUAACUGGAUCAGGAUUGUAUACGACAGCGACAUCCAACGGAAUUACCAUAGACACAACUCCCCCAUUGAUAGAUAUAUUGUAUCACUUGGACUUGUCGGUGUCUGAUAAGAACAAAGUAUACAUUCAGGGUCAAAAUCGUACAAUUGGCGCAAGAUGGGAUGGCUUUGAUCUGGAGAGUAAGGUUGUUGGGUUUGAAUGGGCAAUAGGAACCGAACCGUUCCUGACUGACAUACAGUCCUUCCGCUGGAUGGGUACUCAAAAGA